CCGGAAGUGACGCAGCACGUUCAUGAGACUGUACCAUUCUAGGAGCUGUAUAGAUGGACGAAGGGUCAGCGGCGGACCGACGUCUCAUUCAGAGGAGAGAAACGGUGAGCAGCCGGAAGGAGUCGAGCCCGAGACCGGACCCCACUGUGCAGAUCUCUGAGAUGCUCAUGAACCACCUGACAGGUGAUUUUCAACAUCCAGAGAGACCAGUGCGUUAAGACGCAUACCUCCCAUUGUAACUGGGCUGCCCAUCCACAUGCACGACACCAUGGGCAGCUCCCCAGAGGUGCUUUCCUGGACCUCCUGCCCCAGUCUCUUGGUGGGGAAGCUGAAAGAAGAGCUUAAGCUCUCUGUGGUUGGGGACGCCAUGAAGAAAUCCAACUCUCCCAAUGCCCAGUCCCAGCCUCCUCUGGCCAUCCCUCCUGCUGCUUUACCUCCUCAGAUUAUAACAGACCUCGCCCCGCCGACCAACCUGCCCGUUCCCCUGCACACGCCCGGCCAGGACGAGGACUCCAUGUUGGGGGGCAUCAGCCCAGGAAACACGGCCCUCAGCGUGGACUCUACUCGGAGCGAAGGCGGACACUUUGACAACAGCGUACUCCAGCUGCAGGAGCAGGAGCAGGAAGAAGCAGGUUCACCAGCGUCCUGUGAGCACGGUGGGUGUGGGAGUGGCCUGGACGAGCAGAUGGGAGAGGUAGAGUGUCCUGUGGACCACAGUGGCGAGGGGAGACCCAGCCAUCCGCGGCACCCUGACGACUUCAAGCUGCACUUCCAAAGAGCCGGGCCCGGGUCGGGGGGCUUCCUGGAGGGGCUGUUUGGCUGCCUCCGGCCCGUCUGGAACAUUAUCGGGAAAACUUACUCCACAGAAUACAAGCUGCAGCAGCAAGACAUGUGGGAGGUCCCGUUUGAGGAGAUUUCCGAGCUGCAGUGGCUGGGCAGCGGUGCGCAGGGCGCCGUCUUCCUGGGCAAGUUUCGCUCUGAGGAGGUCGCCAUCAAGAAGGUGCGGGAGCAGAAAGAGACGGACAUUAAGCACCUGCGGAAGCUCAAGCACCCCAACAUCAUCAGCUUCAAAGGGGUGUGCACCCAGGCGCCUUGCUACUGCAUCAUCAUGGAGUACUGCGCCCAGGGCCAGCUGUAUGAGGUGCUGAGGGCCGGGAGGAAGGUCACCCCCAGGCUGCUGGUAGACUGGGCCACAGGGAUCGCCGGCGGCAUGAACUACCUACACCUUCACAAGAUCAUCCACAGGGACCUCAAGUCUCCCAAUGUUUUGGUCACACACAACGACACUGUGAAAAUUUCUGAUUUCGGAACGUCCAAAGAGCUCAGCGAUAAAAGUACAAAGAUGUCAUUUGCAGGUACGGUGGCCUGGAUGGCCCCAGAAGUCAUACGAAACGAGCCUGUGUCUGAAAAAGUCGACAUCUGGUCUUUUGGAGUUGUGUUAUGGGAAUUGCUCACAGGAGAAAUUCCCUACAAAGAUGUGGACUCGUCCGCCAUCAUUUGGGGUGUUGGCAGCAACAGCUUACACCUUCCUGUCCCCUCCACCUGCCCAGACGGUUUUAAAAUCCUCAUGAAACAAACAUGGCAAGGCAAGCCCAGGAAUAGGCCUUCAUUUCGUCAGAUCCUCCUCCAUCUCGACAUUGCCUCUGCUGAUGUUUUAGGAACUCCUCAGGAGACCUACUUCAAGUCUCAGGUUUGGUUUUCAGACAAAAUGCCCACAUAAGUCAAAUUUCCCUCUCGCGCAGGUGGAUUACAUAAUGCUGAUUUUAUUUUAUUUUAUUAUUAUCUUAGGCAUGCUCUGGACAUCCGGGAGCACUAUGAGAGAAAGCUGGAGAGAGCCAACAACCUCUACAUGGAGCUCAGUGCCAUCAUGCUGCAGCUGGAGGUCCGAGAGAAGGAACUCAUGAAGAGGGAGCAGGCAGUGGAGAAGAAAUAUCCAGGAAGCUACAAACGCCACCUGGUCCGGCCCAUCGUCAGAUCCAACGCCGUCGAGAAGCUCAUCAAGAAAAAAGGAAGCAUCUCACACAAACCUGGCAUGCCACCCACCAAAAGGCCGGACCUGCUGCGCUCUGACUGCAUCCCCAGCCUUGACCCGCUCCCCUCACCCUCGCCUCUGUCGGCCAGUCCCAAAGUCUCCACGCCUCCUGGGAAAACCCGCUACCGCAGCAAGCCUCGCCAUCGCCGCGCCAACAGCAAAGGCAGCCACAGCGAGUUCCCUGGCGCCUUGAAGCCUGUUGCUGGAGCCCCAGAAGACACCCAGUCUCUGCAAGAGCAGCCUUUCCACCACCAUCAUCAUCAUCACCCACCAGCUGAGGGUCAGUUUCUUCCUCUGAAAGGCCGCGAGGAGGCCGUAGUUAACUGUGCCAACAAUCUGCGCUACUUCGGCCCCGCCGCCGCCCUGCGCAGCCCUCAGACCGACCACCUUCAGCGCCGCGUCUCUGACUCCAGUCCUGACCUCAUUUCCACAGCCGUGGAUGCAGACAUGCGGCAGCGGACUUCUUCCACCAGCUCCAACCCCAUACCAGGGGCCGGCGCUGUGUUGUUAUGUCCCUGCUGCCAGGCUCACCCUCUGCCUGGCUGCUUGCACUGUCAGGAGACUCCGCCCACUCUAAGCCAACCAGAAUUACCGCACUACUCACUGCUUAGCACCCAGGAAAGCAACCAGUCUUCACUGGCGCCACCCAAUAAAGAAGCAGCUUUAAACGGAGAGGACUGCAGCCUCGCUGCCCCGCAGGCGCAGGAUCCAUCCCAGUCCAAACACCCGCUGCCCUCUGCACUGCCCCGAACCCUCAGACCCCUCAGAAAGGGUGGCGAUGAGUCAUCUGAAGAGGAGGAGGGAGAGGUGGACAGUGAAGUGGAGUUUCCACGGCGACAGAGACCCCAUCGCUGUAUGAGCAGCUUCCAGUCCUACUCCACCUUCAGCUCGGAGAACCUGUCUGUGUCGGACGGGGAGGAGGGCAACACCAGCGACCACUCGCACAGCGGACCCCUGAGCGCCAGCCAGGAGGAGCACCUGGACGAGCUGCUGUCGCACACGCCCGACAUCCCCAUCGACAUCUCCACCCAGUCCGACGGCCUCUCCGACAAGGAGUGCGCCGUCCGCAGGGUGAAGACACAGAUCUCGCUGGGGAAGCUGUGCUCGGACGAACACAGCUAUGAGAAUCCGCUGCAGUUCGGAGACUCGGACUGUGAUUCGUCGGAAGCAGAGUGCUCCGAUACCACCAUCAGAAACAACAAAGUCGGUGCUCCGUCGUCAUGGUGAAACUCUCCACAGGGUGUUGGAUCUGUUUGUUUGUUUAUUUAUUUUUUGCCUGGUGGCCAUCAUGUCCAUAUUAGAGGGCUCCACAGAAAACACAGCAAUAAGAGGACAUCAUAGAGAACAAAACUCUCCCUAUAGCAAAGUCCUGCAUAAUCUCCCCUCAUCCUCAGCACCAUCCCCCCUCCGUGUGCGUUGGUUUGCGUAAGCCUCCCUUCCUCAACCAUCAGUGAUCCCGUCGUCUAGCACUGCAUCCAGGCAGACCCAUGGCAGGGAUUCCCUUUUGAUUGAUAAUGUACAGUAGAUAGAAUAACAUUCUUAAUUUAUUUUUGUCUGAGUUUUGAAGAGAAAUUCAGGAUUCUCUGAACAGAGGAAAUAAAAACUGACAUUUUGAGACUGAUACUGAUGAAGGUGCGGAGGAUGGGAGUGGGAGGAAAUGUUGAAGCUCUGAUGCGUCGGAGCAUCACUACAGGCCUACAUCUCGCUACAGUUACUCUGAGCAUCUCUGUGUUGGUAAAACCUCACAAAAGAAAAAGAAAAAAAACAAUCUUGUUGUUAGUUUACAACGCAGUGACCCGGUAUCCUGCAUCCUUUCACUUCCUUCUUGUCACAACUGUGGCUGACACAAGUAAGCAAUGAGCUCAUGGAAACAGUGUCAACACCAGCAUGAACAACUCGCCUUGCAAAUUGCAAAUGGAAACUCACCCGAAGGAAAAAUAAAAACACCUCUGGACUUGUCUCAUUAUCAGGAUCACCGCAUAGCUAUUAGAGCAUGCUCUCAAGAGGAAAAAAGCUUUACAAGGACUGCAUGAAGCAGAAAAGCGGUCAGCAGAGAGGACGACUCAUCCGAGAGCUAAAAACAAACAAAAUAAAGGACGCUCUCAUCCUUCUCUCUGAGACACGUCAUCAGCAAUCAGGCGUCACGAUGGGAGCGUUUGAGGAUGAUGUGCGUUGGUUUGUGUAAGCCCCCCUUCCUCAACCAUCAGACUUUGCAGUUUCAAGUCUCAUCUCAGGAUCGCUCGAGGACUGUGAAACUGGAUCGGACCAACUAUCGUGUGAAAGAAUGUUCCUCGACUGGCACAUGUUGAUAUAAAGGACUGAGGAGGCAUUUAAAAACAAAAAAAGCUCUUACAGAGAAGCCUUGGAUACUCAAUCCUUUAGUGUAGGUGUUUCUAUAGCUGCAGACUAAAUGCAGUAUCUCUUUUUGUCUUGUUUUCGAUUUUCAUGGAAAGUGACAGAGCGCCUCAUUCAUCGUUUUCUUGCAGAUAUUCUUAUUUUUUUAUCCAUAACAAUACAAGUCAAUUUCUAUGAAUAAGAAUAUGAUGAAAAGUUUUUUUUCACUCGAUAAAAGUCAAAUUAAUAUAAUGCUAAUGCAUGCACAGAGAAAUUUUUAAUCAAAAUUACCUGCUAAGUUUAAUGAUUGGGAUGUAAAACUAGAGCAUCAAUCCAUCAGAAAGUCUCUUUAAAUGUCAUCAUACCAAUUUGUAGAAAAAUAGUAUUUCUCGUAAAGCUGUCAUUCCAUAAGCUGCACAAGCUUUAGGAUUUCACUAAAGAAGCUGGUUUUUCCCAGGCUCCUUUGCCUCAGCAAAACAAAAAGAAAAAAUUAGCAGAGGGGAAAAAGUAUCCCACAUAUGGUACAGCCUUAAGUGGAAAACAGAAAUAAAGGCUUGAGUCUCUGUAGUCAUUAAAAAGUCCUAAAAUAAUUUACAUUUUAAGAUUUAAAAACAUGUCCAGUUGUCCAUCAUGAGUCUUAAGUGUUAUUUAUGUUUUAAAUGUACUCCUAUAAGCCUUUUCCUCUCAUUUAAUUUUUUUUUUGUUUUAUGUUGUGGUAGCAGUCAUUUUUCGCGUGUUUUGAAGGUCUUGACAUGUAGAGUGGUGGUGUGCUGUAAUAUUUCAUUCAGCUUCCAGCCUUUAAACCCAUAAAAUAUUUCUGCUUGUGAAGCUGGAUUAUAGUUGUUAGUUUAGGGAAUGAAAAUCACACUCUUUUUAUCCUUAUUUAUUUCAGCUAAUUCUUUAUGGAAACAUGUAUAUUUGACAAGGUGGCUGGAUUUCAAAUAUUUGCUAAAACCCGUUAUGGAUAAGUAGACUUACUUUAUAAAAGGUGUUAAAAAGUGGGUAACCUAAACACAAAAUUCAUAAAAACAUAUGGCAAAAGCAAAAAAGAAAAUACAGAAUAUAAGCUAAGUGUGGGUUAUUGAGCAUAUCAGGGAUUCAUUUAGUAUGUUUUUCUUUGUAAGUCAUGUUGUUCUUAAACCAUAUUUGGUCCAAAAGAGGUCAGUAAGUUUAGAUUGAAUUUACUGAAACUUGAAGAAACUCUGUAAAAUAUGAAUCUGUUUGCAAUUAAUUUAUAUAACGAGUUUAAUUUUUUAAUUGAAUGACUAAAGUAAAUUAACUUUUUAUGAUAUUUGAAUGUAUUGAGAUGCACUUGUAAAUAUUGUCUGUUGGCUGAACAGCAAUAACAAACAGCAGGGUAGUUCUCAGGUGAUAAAUAGGAGAGGGGGUUAAUCCAGCAGGCUGGAUGUAACCAUGGUUACUAGGAGUUAGAGUAGAGCAGUGAGUGGAUAUAUUUUUAAUUGCUCCCUUUCUCUUAUUUUUCCCCCCAACUUGCCUUUUUGAGGUUUGAUGCUCAGGACUUGUGUUGAAUGACAGCAAUAUAUCAGCUGCCACUAGAUGGCGACAUUUGAUUUUGCCUUUUUUCUGUGAAUCUCCCACACCAAUCUGUCUCACAGUCCCAGCACUACAACUUCUUUUCACCCAAUCGUCUUAAAUACAAAACAAAAUAAAACAAAAAAAAGAGAUACUGCAUUUACGAAAGCAUUAUUUUUGCUUUUGGAUCCUCGUCUGGCAUCCACAUUUGUAAUAAUCCCAUCAGUUGGGGCGGUACUGAACGCUAAUGAUGUCAGCUCAGACCUGUGUGUGUGUGUGCCGACGGUUGUGAAUCUGCGUAAGGAACACAAGCCAGAGACGAGUUCACGGAGCUUUAAGCUGCUCUUGGUUUUCACCAACCAUAUAUCUCAGUGUUAAACCUGUACAUAAACAAAUGUAAAUGCAAUGUGAUCCAUUUUUCAUCCUCUUUCGUUAAUGUGUCUGCCGAGCGGCCGGACAGGAGGAGGAGGUCAUCCUUAUAUCAGUAUUGAACACUAGGACAGGAAGGUGAAUCUUGAUUCAAUGUGCUCGAGAGCUAUGAAAAGGCUCCAUCUACCUUCUUCUCUUCUGUUUACGUACAUGUGAAGUAACCUCUUGUAAUCUGAUCGAGCUGAUAAUAACACUUGUCUUCUCUGGCGUCCAUCCUGUGAAGAAUGAUUGUUGUGAACUUUUAAUUUAAUUUUGAUCUUUUUAUCGUUGUUUCUUUUUCUCUCUCUCCUUUUUGUAGCUGGCCUACAUAAUCAAUGAAUUAAUUUAUUUGAAAUGAGUCAUCAGGAGUAGUUUUCUUAAUUUGAGGCAGCUUCAGAAAUCUCAUGACCAACAGGUUCUCCUUUUGAAGGAAGCACAAAGAACGGUUGUGGGGAAGAGGGCAGUAUUGGUGUGGUUGAACAAAAGCGUUACCAUAUCACUGUUUGACCCUGCAGAGGGACCACUCAUCGUUUAGAUUCAUCACUGCAGUAUAAAGUAUUGAAUAAGUAGUUUGUAGAAUCAAGUGUUCCUUCAGCUUUUUUCAUCUUCCCCUAAGUUGUUAGGAAUCACAGCAGGGUAGACGAGCCCGAGGGAGCUUGUAAGGAGCCAAUUAUUUUUCUACUUCUCCAGUGAUUCCUUCUUCGCAUUUGUAAAUCAUAAACUAAAAUACUUCCAUUUGAAUUUCUGUGAAAUUGUUGCCUGAUUCUGUUUAGCACACAUACUUUUUUCUCUCUCUCUCAUUUGCGACCCUCUUCCCUGUUGAAUGGCAUUAUGAUCAACCAAUCCUGUCAUUUUCCUGUAUUGUUCAGUGUACAGUGCAAUAGGAGAAUAAAAUCAAAGCAAACAAACUGCAUGGAAUAAAUGCUGAUGUACUGUACCAAGAA